UGGUAUAUUCUCUUAGGGCUUCACUGAAGAACCUGAUUAUUUUAUAUAAUAUUCUACAUCGAAACGGAUUUGGCAAAAGGUCAAAAAACAACCAAGUUAUUUAUUAUUUUCUAGAGAACUUCAUGUCUUGAAGAGGAACUGACGUUUGCUGGAGCUCAAGCAGAUCAAUCAGAGAGCGACUGCGAGAGAGAGAGCGAGAGAUAGAGAGAGAAAGAGAGAGAGAGCUAACGCUACAGCGACCGCACUGCUAGCACUACAUCCCUAUGUGCUUUUAAAUGCAUCUAUAGGCAAACUUUACUUAAUAACGUGGCAGGAUAAACUAUUAUGCGUUUGGUGUGCCUUCUCAAGUCUUCGUAGUCUUAUAUUAUUAGUGUGGGGAGUUUGCGUCAGUGCAGGACGGUGUUAUUUGUUCAGAUCAGAGCAGUUGAGCUGAGUUAGCUUAGCUGUAGCGAGCAGCAUCCGAGUCGAAGUUCCUUCAAGCUCGCUUUGCGUUUUAUCGUCGAGAUGCCUGCAAUGUUAGAGAAGGGCACCCACGAGAUAACGGGUAAACGAAGGGGCAGAAACUCUGUAAGUAACCCGGGCAAAAGUUUGACUUCAAAUGGGAACAGUAACAAUUCAUGGGAGGAAGGAAGUUCGGGUUCCUCAAGUGAUGACGAGCAUGGUGCGGGCGGGAUGCGAGUUGGACCACAGUAUCAGGCGGUUGUUCCCGAUUAUGAUCCUGAAGUAGCAAAGGCAAGCCAAGAGAGAGAGAAUCUCGGAAUGUUGGUGUGGUUUCCGAGCCAGAGUAUACCAGAGGCCAAAUUGGAUGAGUACAUUGCAAUAGCCAAAGAAAAACAUGGGUACAAUAUGGAACAGGCAUUAGGCAUGCUGUUUUGGCACAAACACAACAUUGAAAAGUCUUUGGCAGAUCUUCCCAACUUCACCCCUUUUCCAGAUGAGUGGACAGUGGAGGACAAGGUGCUUUUUGAACAAGGUUUCAGCUUUCACGGAAAGACGUUUCAUCGCAUUCAGCAGAUGCUUCCAGACAAGUCAAUUGCAAGCCUGGUUAGAUUCUAUUACUCGUGGAAGAAAACACGCAGCAAAACCAGUGUGAUGGACCGUCACGCACGGAAACAGAAGAGAGAAAGAGAGGAAAGUGAUGAAGAGGCAGAAGAAAAUAGAUGCAUUUCUCCAGGCAAUGCUGAAUCUGAGCCAAAUAAAGAAGAAAAGAAAGAGGGAACGUCUGGACUUGAGAAACAAGAACCCAAACCAGCAGUUCCGCAAAAGCCACCAAACCCUGCAGAAAAACCAAUGCAUGUUAAGAAGGAGCCACAGGGACCAGCUGGCAGAAACCUACACAGGGCAAAGAAGAAACCUCCCAAAGGGAUGCACUUAAACUCCAGCGAUGUGACUGCAAUGUCCAGCACGGGCUCUGCUGCAGUUAGCCUUCUGAGACAGAUCGAUAUGGAGCUCAUCGCCAUAAAACGACAGAUUCAGACCGUUAAACAGCACAAUAGUGCCCUCAGAGAUAAAUUGGACACAGGUGUGGAUGAAUUCAAGCCCUCUGAGGUUAAUCAGAAAUUUAAUACCCGUUGGACCACAGAAGAGCAGCUGCUUGCAGUACAAGCAAUAAGGAAGUAUGGGCGGGAUUUCCAAGCCAUUUCGGAUGUGAUCGGUAACAAGUCUGUGGUUCAAGUGAAAAACUUUUUUGUGAAUUACCGUCGACGUUUCAACCUGGAUGAGGUGCUGCAGGAGUGGGAGGCCGAGCACGGCAUAGAGGAACGCAAGGGGUUGGAUGAAGAGAAGAUGGAGGUGUCUUCUGAAGAGGGCACAAAUCCAGGAUCUGCAGAAAAUCAGACAGAGGAACCAACGGCAAUGGAAACACAGAACCCUUCAGCUUCCUGAGUUCUCGAGCAGCAGAGAUGAACGUUCAAUGAGCUACGUUCAGUUGAUAUAACAGCUUUGCGUAAGAGGCAAUAAGCUUCAAAAGCUUGAAGUGUAGCCUCUUCAUAAUGGACAUUCCUCCCCUUAUCAACUUCCUCCACCCCGCUGAACCCAGGACUCUCACGGGUGCCACCACAUGGGAGCGCAAACUUCACUUAGUAGUUACCCUGCAGAAACUGGGACUUCUGUCUUCCUUGUUUAUGGUCACUGCCAACAGGAGAGUCCCUGUCUGGUCUCUACCAGUCUGGUGGUCCAGCAUCAUGUUCAGCCCUAAUCGUUUUGUCACUGGGGGAAAGUAAAGCCCACUUUUACCCAUCCAAGCAUCAUUAGACAGUAAAUUGGGGUCUUAAAAACUCAGAAGGAGCUUUUUGAUGGUGUUGCUCAAUGUCACUUGAUCAUCUUUUUCUUUCUAUAUUCAUAGGACUUUGUCCUGGUCAAGCAUCUCUAUCCAGUUACCCUUUUGUUACUAUAGUGUAUUAUUGUGUCACACUUUUUGUUAAGUAGUGUAGAAUUGGGAGGGCUUGGGCAGUUUAGGUGUUCUCUGAAUUAUGUUAAGCUAUUUAUUUACAUAAAAUUUGAGGUAUGAAUUAUGAAAAUGGCAUUGUAUCUAAAUGCAUAAAAUGAAAAGUGAGUGUACAUGAAAUGCAAUAUAAUUUUUAUAUCAAUUUUAAUAUUAUUUUGCAGUAAAUAAGUUGAUUUGCAGCUCUUAUAUUGUGUGAAUUGGAUUAGUACUAGGUCAUAUUAUAUAUGUUUAAUCAUGGACCCUGUACAUGGUGCAUUUUAAGGUUGUUGAAAUAUAUUUUAUCCACAAGGUUUCUUGGCAGAGGCUGUUAACACGACAAAGUGUAGCAAUGGAGUGGAAAAUAGUUAUUUUAAAUAUUUUGUUUUUGCUUGAAUUUUAAAUAUUUCAAAGUGUGUUUUCUAUGCAUGGACAUAAGUUUCUCUGUGCCAAGGUCAAACGUUUCACCCUUAUAGGGGUGUCUAUACUAUAGGGAUUGCCAUAUGUAGUUAAGAAUUUCAGGAAAUGGGAACACACAUUUCUACUGCUAUUCCAUGCUUGUAAGUUUAAAAGGUUCCUAUUUUUUCUCUAUUUUAAAUGGAAUAAGUUAUUUUAAAUACAGGCACAUCUUUUCCGACCAACUUCUUCGCCUCUAAUAACUGUAAUGGUACCAUACAUGUGUAAACUCCUUUUGAAUUUAUUAUGUGUGCUGACGACAUGUAAAGGGUUGGGGUGAAAUAGUGUCUCUGUGUGUGUGGGUGUGGUCUAUUGUGGCCAUAGACUUCACGGUAUAUAUUUAACCGAUUUAUGUCACAUUAGUCAUAAUAAACUUAAGGGAUUUAUACUGUCAAAUGCACUGGUUUUUAAACCCAUAUUUAUCACAUUUUGUUAUAUUCAGGCCAUUAUAUCAUUAACAUCAAUAAUAAAUUAUAAUUUGUGA